CUAGACCGAAACCUUUCUGUCGUUCCGACUCCAAUCUCUUUGCGUUCUCUGCAAACUCUUCGUAUCUUCUCUCCUUUGUCUUUGAUUGGAAUCCAUGGCUCGUACGAAGCAGACCGCUCGUAAGUCUACCGGUGGCAAGGCCCCAAGGAAGCAGCUCGCUACCAAGGCCGCGAGAAAGUCCGCUCCCACAACUGGUGGAGUGAAGAAGCCCCAUCGUUAUCGCCCUGGAACUGUUGCUCUCCGUGAGAUCCGAAAAUACCAAAAGAGUACCGAGCUUCUGAUCCGUAAGUUACCCUUCCAGCGUCUUGUUCGUGAAAUUGCUCAGGACUUUAAGACUGAUUUGAGAUUUCAGAGCCACGCAGUCCUUGCACUUCAGGAAGCUGCAGAGGCUUACUUGGUUGGAUUGUUCGAAGACACAAACUUGUGUGCUAUCCACGCGAAGCGGGUCACCAUUAUGCCCAAGGACAUUCAGCUCGCUAGGCGCAUUCGUGGAGAACGUGCUUAGUUUUACUGUGUAAUUCAACAUGGUGUUGACGUUAGGAUUUAUGGUAGACAUAUAAAUUCGGAUGUCUCUAAUUGUUUGCUCAAAUUUCUUUUGGGGGUGAUGUUUAGGAUUUUAUUAUUAUUAUUAUAGGACAUAUAACAUGAAUGUUUUCUAAUGUUUGUUCAAGACUCGGUUACUUGAUUUCGAUCUAUGGUUUUGUGAAUUAAGUUCCCUUGUUUGUUGAA